ACUCGUGGCGGCAGAUCACGGCAGAUCAACAAUUUUGAAGUCGGAGCGAUUUUGUGAACUUAAUCCGCUGUUUGCAAGGUCGAUUCACGAAGAAAAUGGACGAGGAGAUGGAUACUUUGAACGAGGAAGCUUCUCUUGGAGAAACGCCAGAUGAGGAAGAGAUGGUUAUGAGCGAAACGGAGGAGACAGCCGACAAGGAAGCAGUGGAGAUUGAAUCCGAGAACGAUGAUGAUGAUGAUGAUGAUGAUGAUGAUGAUGACAAUGACGAGGAUGUUAACGAAGCGGAGGUAAAAGCUCUGGAAGCUUCCCUGUCGACGAACCCGUAUGACUAUACUAGUCACGUAGCCUUGAUCAACAAAUUGCACACGAUGGGCGACCUCGACCGCCUGCGAGCCGCCAGGAAUAAUAUGAGCAAUGUUUAUCCGCUGACCCCAGAGCUCUGGCUCGUUUGGAUAAACGACGAGAUCAACUUGGCGACUACCGACGAGCAGAAAUCCGAAAUAGUCGAGUUAUGCGAGCGAGCUUUGAAGGAUUACGUAUCUGUGGAAAUAUGGUUGGAGUAUCUGCAGUUCAGUAUUGGAUACAUAGGCAGAGAUGAGGAAAGUAUAGAAAAAGUUCGUCAACUCUUUGAACGUGCGCUGACUGUUGUUGGAACACAUAUCACGAAAGGGGCAAUAAUAUGGGAAGCUUAUCGUGAAUAUGAGAAUGUGAUACUCAGUUCUCUAUUGCCAUUGGAAAUCAAUACUAAAGAUACAAGAAAGCAGGCUCAAUUGGAACGCAUUGUCAGUCUAUUUAAACGUCAAUUAUCUCAUCCUCUUUUAGACAUGGAUAAGACAUACGAGGAAUAUCAAUUAUGGUUUACACAGUACAGUACAGAAAUGGAACCUGAUAGAUCCAUUUUAAAAUACUAUGAACGGAAUUUUGAAAAAUUAAAGUCAUACCUUCCUUAUGAAGAGAAACUUAUCUCUGCGCAAGGUCAAAGUGAAUUGCUUGAUGCUUACAAAGGAUAUUUAUUGUACAUAAAACAAAAGAAUCCAGAUCUUGUUAAAAUUCUAUAUGAAAGGGCAAUAAUUGAUCUAAGCAUAGAGGCAUCCAUUUGGUUGGAUUAUCUCACUUAUCUAGAAAAUGAAUCACGACUUGAGCAUGUAUUAAAUUCAAUUUAUCAAAGAGCGUCAAGGAACAUUCCUUGGUGCUCAACAGUUUGGCAAAAGUGGAUAAGAUCGUAUGAGUAUUGGGACAAACAUAUAUCGGAAAUACAAACGAUAUUUGAGAAUGCUUUAGCCAUUGGUUUUUCAACGGCUGAUGAUUAUCGCAAUCUAUGGAUUACAUAUCUUGAGUGUUUGCGGCGGAAAAUGGCGCAAUAUCCCAAGAAUGAAAGGGAAACACAUGUAGAGGUUGUACGUAAAACAUUUAACAGAGCAUGUGAGCAUCUGGCAAAGUAUUUUGGCCUGGAUGGCGAUCCCAAUUGCGUUAUUUUGCAAUUUUGGGCAAGAUUUGAAGCAAUUUAUGCACAUAAUAUGGAACAAACUAGACGGUUGUGGGCUGACAUUCUUUCACAAGAGCAUUCUGCAUCAGCUUCUUACUGGUUGGAAUAUAUAGCACUAGAAAAAUAUUAUGGAGAUUCAAAGCAUCUAAGGAAACUGUAUCAGAAAGCUUUGAAUGCCACACAAGAUUGGCCAGAAAGUAUAGCAAAUUCAUGGAUAGAUUUUGAACGUGAUAAAGGAACUUUAGAGCAAAUGGAAUUUUGUGAAGCGAAAACGAAGGAGAAACUUGAUCAAAUUAUGAUAGAAAGACAAAAAGCACAAGUUUUUUCUCAAAGUGAAUCGUCUACACAAGAUAAGAAAACAAGUAAGAGAAAGGUGGAUGAAGGUGGAAAAUGGAAAAAUUUAGGAAGUUCUCCACCGAAAAUGGUGAAAACUGACGUGCGAGUAAAACCAAAAUUACGAGAAAGUAAAUUAAAUAUUGACAGCGAAACGGUAAAUGAUCGAGAGAAGUUAAAACCAAAAGUCGCUCCACCACCUGGUUAUAAAAUGACCGAGGAUAAAGAUACAGAUGAUAAAGAUAGUCAGCAUGAGGUAGACGAUAAUAUUACAGUUUUUGUGAGUAAUUUAGAUUAUACAACGACCGAAGACGAAGUAAGAGAGGCUCUAAGAUCUGUUGGACCGAUAACAUUAUUCAGAAUGGUUACAGAUUACAAAGGACGUAGCAAAGGAUUCUGCUAUGUACAAUUAAGUAGCGUAGAAGCUGUGAAACAAGCUUUAAAAUUAGAUAGAACGCCUGUAAAAGGACGUCCUAUGUAUGUUUCAAAGUGCGAGUCUAACAAGAGUACCAGAGGUUCAUCAUUUAAAUAUAGUUGUACACUUGAAAAGAACAAACUCUUCGUUAAAGGACUUCCACUUACGACGACAAAAGAGGAGUUGGAAGAGAUAUUUAAAGUCCAUGGAGACCUGAAAGAAGUUCGCCUAGUUACUUACCGUAAUGGUCACUCAAAGGGCUUGGCCUAUGUUGAGUAUCACGACGAAGCGACUGCUGCAAAAGCUCUUUUGAGCACGGAUGGUAUGAAGAUUCAGGACAAAAUAAUCAGCGUUGCGAUAAGUCAACCACCUGAUCGUAAAAAAACUCAAAUAGAAGAAACAAUGGAACAGACAAAGUCGCUAGGCGGAUCGUCAACGAGCCGUACAGCAUUUGGUGUGCCCAAGACUUUAUUGUCUAUGAUUCCUCGUAAUGUUAAAACAAGUAGCAGCAAUGGCAGUGCAGCUCCAGAUAAAAAUGCACAAUCGAUGAGUAAUCAGGAUUUCAGGAAUAUGCUUCUCAAUAAAAAAUAACUUGCAUCAUAUAAUCAUAUCUUUUCACGGUUAUCUAUUAAUGUCACAUUAAUUUUAAAACUUAUAUUGGUUAUGCCGGUAUAAAAUGUGAAAACUUAUAUGUUAGUAAUACUAUGUGAAUGAAUCUACUGUUAAAGAUUCAUCUGGCAAAAGUGCGUUGUGUUACGAUAUACAUGUGGCGUUAAAAAAUUAAAUGUGCAGUAACUACAAAAUACUAUACGUUAAAAAUUUUAACGUAUAAAUUGUACUGAAUUAUGUAUUUAUAUUUUGGUACUCUAUUUUUCAAACUUUUUCUACACAUAUGUAAACAUAGGUCAUUUUUUAAUAAAAGAUCUUAUGUUCUAGGAUAACCUAGGAGAUGCCACAAUCCAUAGAGAUAGACAAUUACAUAAUUCAGUAUUAGUUGAUUUAAACUGUUGGUACAAAUCACUUUCCAUUUCAUAUUAAGAUGUAUAUAAAGGAAAAAAUAUAUCACAAGAUAAGUGAUUAUAUAAAAUAAAUACUUUUAAUACAU